AUGAGCUGCCCAGGAGGAGACCAUGAUUAUGUGAACAUUGUAAUAGACUUCUCCUCCUGGUGCACUCACUUCAGGGCUGAGUUGGUUGAGCCUUUAUUUAAGUCCCUAGAUGCACUGCUUGGGUUCACCAACGUAUACAGUUUCACCCAUAAGUUUCCUCUUAUAUCUAAGUUGAUAUUCCAGGAUAGAUACGCUCCCCCGGACCAGGACCAAGAUGGAGAGUAUGGGGCCCAAGAUGUGUUCACGGGCCAGAGGCGUGGCUCGAAGGCCUUCGCCAGAAAGAUUUUGAUAGCUUUGUCCUACUAUGCUACUGGAAGUUACCAAAAAUUAGUUGGUGGAACAUAUGGCACAUUGAUGUCUCAGCAAUCUGUAUCUCGUGCCAUCAGAGAAGUGACUGAUGCUCUAAACAAUCCCAAUAUCCUUGGAAAAUGGAUAAGAUUUCCGCAAACACGUCAAGAAAGAGAUGCUGUAAAACGAACGACUGUUUUGGGUUGCAUUGAUGGUACACAUAUAAGUAUUGUUAGACCCACAGAAAAUGAGGAGAGGUUUUUCAACAGAAAACAUUUUCAUUCAAGAAAUGUUUUAAUUCAACCAAUUGAUUAUGAUAGUUGUAAGGAGAUGAGUGACGAAGUAAUAGGAAAUAUAAAUGUCAUGACCUCUCCUCAGAAACCUAUCAGGCGCCGUCUUUCUAGCUCAAGCUCGUCCAGCUCUAGUAGCUCUAGCAAUUCUAGAUCUAGCAGCAGUAACUCAAGUAUUACUUCAUCUAGUACUAGUUCUUCUAAUGCUCAUAACACAGGGCGACGACCUUUAGAUGAAAACACCGAUCCACUGCAAGAUAGUUCUAGACAUACAAACGCCGAUCCACAGCCAGGUACAUCUAGAGAUGAAAACGCCGACCCUCAGCCACGAACUUCUAGAGACAAUUUUUCUCCACCAUCCAUAUUGACACCAAUUUGCAACGAUUUGCCAUUGGUUCGACCCCGAACAGCGGUUUGUAAAUAUAUAAUUUCUCCACUUCAUUCGGAGGAAAGUGACGUAGAUCUCAGUGAUGACGACCCCUCUUACAUUCAAGAGAAAAACCAUCGUCAACGUUCACCGAGCCCAGCAGCUGGCAAUUCUAUUGACGAUUAUGUUCCAAUGAAACCAAGGAAACGUAAAGCAGAUCCAAAUAAAUGGAUGCAAAACACGCAAAAAAUUAAACGAAACUUGGGUCAAAGUUAUGUAGCUGUACAUUCAAAGAAAUUGGUCCCUGCACGUAAUAUUAAACCACCUUGUGGCCAAAACUGUCGAUUAAAAUGCAGUGAUCGCAUCGAUAAUUCUAAGAGAUUACAGAUCUUUAACGCCUUCUGGGCAUUAGUGUUAGAGGAUAGUGCAAUUGAAAGAGAUGACUCAGUAGAUAUCGCUAUCCCUGAAGAAUUUUUAAAUAUCACAUUGGCUGAUGAACUAAGGCGAGGAAUUGUAAAAAGAGCUGCCUUAGUUCAACAGCUCUUUGCUGCUAGGACAAUGUAA